AUGGAGUCGCUGAGAGGAACAUUUGCUGAGAUGUCUGCACAAUUCCACGAUAGGAUGGCAAGGUUUGAGGCUGAACAACAAAAUUCAGCAUCACCGAGUCUGCCACCGGAGUAUUUGGCUUUCAAGAAGUUCACCCUUGAGUCUCUUCGUUGUAUCCAGCAGCAGAUGGAUUCAUUUACCGACGAGUUGGAUUCAGUUGAGAUGAGGAGUCGAAGGAAGAUCUUAUUGAUCCACGGAGUUCCAGAGAACACAAGUGAAGACACUGCAUCUGUGGUUGCUAACGUCAUCCAUCAAAAGCUGAGUUUGCCCACCAACACUGCUUUAGACAUACGUAGAUGUCAUCGAGUCGGCGGCCGUGCCCACAAAUCAAAACCCAGACCCAUACUGGUAAAGAUGAAGGAUGCUGAUAUCCGGGACAAAGUCUGGUAUAGUAAAACCAAAUUAAAGGGGUCGGGUAUCACAGUGUCGGAAUUCCUCACAAAGAUUAGACACCAGGUCUUCGUGGCGGCACGGGAUAAGUUUGGUGUGGCGAACUGCUGGACGAAAAGGGGUGACAUCUACGUCCUGGGAUCGGAUGGCGUCAGGCACCGUAUUGUCAGCCACAGCCAGCUUCGCGCACUCGGUGAGCCUGCGGCUGUUCCUGAGCGAUCUGCAGCCGUGGUUCCAAAGAAGAAGACGCGUGGUGCUGCUAAAAAGUGAUUCCUCCGGUGAUCCUGCCUCGCUCGGGUAACAAAUCCACAUUUUAUUUUCCUUUGUCUAUUUAUAAAAGUACAAUCUUCUGUAUUAUAUUAUUUUAGUUCUACCCUAGCAUAGAAUC